AUGCUUUCCACUUCCCUCCACUACCCCAGAGUACCGAUUUCCCCUGACGUCGGCGGAUUUCCUGGUAGUGCUACAUUGCAGUGCAGCGGCUGCGACCUCGUCUCUUCCGGGUCAGUUACGAAUGCCCUGCUCCCCUCUCUCCUCUCUAUCUCCCCUGAUUCCGAUAACCUAGAUCCAGUGAUCCUUCUCUCGUCCCGUGGGAUUGUAAAGGUUGGUGUGUCCUUUGCCAAGUUCUUGAUGGUUUCUGGUAUGGGUCAAGAUUGUGAUGUUUCCCCCAACUACAUCGGUGAAGAAGACAAUGGCGUGGAAGACGUGGUGGACUGUGCCAACAAUGACAUAGGUGAAGGAGAAGAGAGCACUGGCAGCAUCCCCAGCCCACUGUUCUCUGGGACAAGGCCGAGUAAAAGGCUCCGGUCAAAGGUCUGGGAAGACUUCAUACCCACCUUCGUUGAUAGAAAGGUUGUGCAGGCUGAAUGCAUGCACUGCCACCGUGUCUUCAACUACAACAGCACCAAUGGCACAACCGGACUGCGCAAUCACCAGGCCAAGUGCAGCCCUAGGACUCAGAAGAGGCUAAAGCAGCAGGUGGGUAGACCCUUGCCAUCUACAAAGAAGAGCACACCAGCCGACAGCUCUGACCCAAACCAGAAGAAGCUGCCAUUCCUGCUAUCCCGCCAAAACAAAUGCACAGGUGCAGCAGACGCAGUCCCUGUGCAGGAACUUGCCUUCUCUGACGCAAACACCAACAAGAAUAACAAAAAUCAGGAAGUUGAUCAGAAUGGCUCUCAUGAAGUACUUGCAGCACCUGAGCUUUCCACUGACCAGCAUAAGAACCAGUCUCGUGGGGAAAUUGCAUUGCCUGAGCAGGACUUUCCUAAUGAUUGCAGUCAGAAGAACCAGAAGGUCGAUCAGAACUAUUCUCCUGAAGAACUUAUCAGGAUAUUGGCCAUACACGGGCACCUACCAAGGAUGAUGGAGCAAGAUGGAUUCAGAAAGGUAGCUACUUGCUUGAAUCCUAUGGUCAAUAUGCCAUCUCACUCUGACUUCAUAGGGAACAUCUGUGACUUGUUUCAGCAAGAAAAGUCCAAGCUAAAGGAGAAGUUAGCUGCUUUACGCAGUCGGGUUUCCUUGAGUGCUUAUAUGUGGCAUUACGAUCCACACUUGGCCUUCUUGUGCUUGACUGUUCACUACAUCGAUGAUGAAUGGGAGAAGCAGCAAAAGAUCAUCACAUUUUCUCCCAUGGACCCCUCUUGCGAUGCAAAACAAUACAGUGAUAUCAUAGUGGGAGCUAUUAGAGAAUGGGAUCUUCAUAACAAGGUUUUCAGCAUUAUAGUGGAUGAUGUUUUCAUUGAUGAUUCAGUGGCUUCAAAUAUCAAAACCAGUCUGCAGAAAUGGAACAAAGUCAACGCAAACCGGAACUUGUUUGUAGUACGCUCUGCAACUCAUUUACUUGAUCAGGUUAUCCAUGUGGCACUGGAUGAACUUAACAAAAUCAUGGAGAAAUCAGCGAAGUGCCCCAAGUAUGCAAAGGCUUCCAACUGUUCAGCAGUGCAGUAUCCCAACAUCAGAUAUGCAGCAUCACCAGAGGACUGGAGUACAGCAAGUGAGAUUUCUGAGAUUUUGGAACAUUUUCAUGAAUAUAUUAACUGGAUGCCAAACUUUCCUAGUCCAUCUGAUCUCUUUGACACUUUGAAAAAUGUGUAUAGUAAGGCUCAUUCCAGCAGUCGAUAUAGGACUGAUAAAGCAAUUUUCAAAGUGGUGGAGAAGAUAAAACAGAAGUUCAAGGAAUGCUGGAAAUUCUGUUUCUUACAUUUCUGUAUGCCUAUGGUAAUGGAUCCUAAAUACAGUCUGAAAUGCAUCAAGCUUUUUGUUAAAGAGAAUGGAAAACAUGACUAUAUGCAUGAAGCGCGUGAUACAUUUGUCAACCUCUUCAAUGAAUACGCAGAUCAGGUGGAUGAUCCUAACUGCACUACCGGGUCAAAAACUGGCAAGGGAAUUGUUGAGGAUGCAGAUACCCUGUCUAAGUAUUAUCAUGACUCUAAGCCGUAUUACUAUUAUCAUGACUCUGAGCAUCGAUGUUGUGACCGACCGAUGACUGAGCUUGGCCAGUACCUGCAAGAGACUCGUCCAGGUCAUCCUGCUUCAUGCAAGCCCAGUGUUCUCCAGUGGUGGAAGGAACAUAGCCUGAUCUACCCUACAAUUUCUCAGAUGGCACGCGAUAUACUGGCACUACCGUGCAGUACUGACAGCAGGGUAGCGACAAGAACUGCAGGACUCGCAAUGUGUGAGUUGGCUGGUGAGAGCCACAUUGAAAUGCUUGUUUGUACUCAAGAUUGGCUCACACCAGCUGGCACCAGGAACGUGGAGUCACCCGAUGAUGAGUACUUCGACUAG